GUCAUGUAAUUUUGGAUUUCACUCACAACACCUUUCGACUAUCAAUUCCAAUCAACAUUCAAACCAUUCAAAAUGUCUUUACUCGAUAAAUUCCAAGCUACGGCGAAAAAAGUCGGAACCCAGGCGACCGCUUUCAGUAGAGAUAUGGCAUCAAUGGCAAAUGAUGGGAGUAAACAAUUAGCCACAGGUUUUAAACUAGAAGCAGAGUGUGAAAGAGCUGCCAAGAUCCUUCAAUCUUUCCUUGCAGAUCCUGAAAACCCUGAAUCGGCUUUGAAUUCAAUCCCGAAAGCUGUACUUCAAAACGCACAAGGCUUGGCGAUCUUCACUAUCUUGAAACUAGGUUUCGUUUGGUCUGGCAAAGCAGGCUCAGGAGUGGUACUUUCUCGAUUAGCAGAUGGUUCCUGGUCAGCUCCUAGUUGUAUUGCUACAGGCGGUGUAGGUUUCGGUCUACAAAUCGGUGCAGACUUUAGUGAAUUUGUGGUAGUAUUGAACUCGGAGGAAGCUGUUCGAGCAUUUGCCACCACUGGAAAUUUGACAAUCGGAGGAAACUUGAGUGCGGCUGUUGGACCCAUCGGAACAGGAGCAGCUGUGAACGCAAGCCUGCUUCAUCCUGCUCCUUUGUUUACAUACAGUAAAAACAAGGGUCUCUUUGCUGGUAUCUCUCUGGAAGGUACCGCACUAAUUGAACGUAAAGAUACCAAUGAAGCUUUCUACGGCCAACGAAUUCCUUCGCUCGACAUUCUUCUUGGUAAAGUGCCACCUCCCGAGGCAGCUUCAGACCUUUACGAUGUAAUUGAAACGGCCGAGCAAGUAGACGAGUCAGGUGUUCCACAGGAGUCAUACGUCCCCUCGUCAUUUAGUCCUCGUGACGCUGCUUCUGGUGGAUCGGCGUCGACUUCACCCAACAAUGCCAAUGGGAAAUCUACAGGUGGUACAACAAAUCUGUUUGAUGCUGGGGAUGUUCACUGAUGUGUUUAGAGAGAGCAAACAUGGUAAUCACUCUACUUUCAGAUCCUGUUCAUCUUGGUCGGUUGCUUAGUCAAGAAAAAACUCUUGAUGAUACUGAUCUCAACAUACACUUGUCAUUACGUUUCUCUCUUAUCAAUAAUCUCUCAUGACCUAGUCUACCGGACGCCAAACUAAACCUAUUUAUUUUGUUCUUAUGGGAAUUGGCCAUGUAAAGCAUCUGACCUGUUGUAUCGAUUG